CGAUUACUGGGUGACACAGUUGGUAUUUAAAAAUGGCGGAGUGUAUGGCUGCACGCCUGAGCGCUCAGGAGGAGCAGAUCCGGCUGCUCAGCCUGGAGGUCAGCCUGCUGCGGGACGGGCUGUGCGGCGGUCCCGGCGCAGCGUGCACUCUCGCCAGCACCCCGGAGCUGGAGAGCCUGCGGAGCGAGAACGAGAAGCUAAAGUAUCGGCUCCUACAUCUGCGGCGGGGGCUGCAGGCAGAGCUGGAGCUGGAAGCACAAGGCCGACAGGACGCAAAGGAAUGCCAGGAGAAGGAGAAAGGAAAAGGAAACGUCAGUAAUACCCACAGAGAUUCCCAGCCUGCAGUGACCGAGUCCAAGCAAGCAGAUAAAACCAAGAAGAAGGAGAAGCCAGAGAAGGCCAAGGGAGAUGGUGGGGUGGGAGAGCUCCGUCCCUGGCCUGCCUACAUCGAUGAGCGACUCAAGCUGUAUGAGGAAUUGAAGAGAGAAAGUGAUGCCCUGCUGGCCAAGAGAGCCACAGAGAGUCACCCCAUCUCUGUGGAGCUGCCAGAUGGGAGGACAGUGGAGGCCCUGGCAUGGGUGACCACCCCCUACCAGCUGGCCUGUGGCAUCAGCCAGGGCCUGGCUGACAACGCCGUGAUCGCGCGCGUGAAUGGGGAACUGUGGGACCUGGACAGGCCCCUGGAGAAGGACUGCUCCCUGGAGGUGCUGCGCUUCGACAAUGAAGACGCUCAGGCGGUGUACUGGCACUCCAGUGCCCAUAUCCUUGGGGAGGCUAUGGAGCGCUUCUAUGGUGGCUGUCUAUGCUAUGGGCCACCCAUCGAGAAUGGCUUCUACUACGAUAUGUACCUGGAUGAACAACGAGGUGUGUCAAGCAAUGAAUUUGGGGACCUGGAAGCAAUCUGCAAGUCGGUGGUGAAGGACAAGCAGCCCUUUGAGAGGCUGGAAGUCAGCAAGGAGACACUGCUGAAGAUGUUUAAGUAUAACAAGUUCAAGUGCCGCAUUCUGAAUGAGAAAGUCACAACACCCACCACUACAGUCUACCGAUGCGGGCCCCUGAUUGACUUGUGUAGAGGACCGCACGUCAGACACACUGGCAAGAUCAAGGCCAUGAAGAUCUACAAGAACUCCUCCACAUACUGGGAGGGCCGCUCAGACAUGGAGACCCUGCAGCGCAUCUACGGGAUCUCCUUCCCCGAUUCCAAAAUGCUGAAAGAGUGGGAGCGCUUCCAGGAGGAGGCCCGGAACCGCGACCACCGCAAGAUCGGCAAGGAGCAGGAGUUGUUCUUUUUCCAUGACCUGAGCCCCGGCAGCUGCUUCUUCUUACCACGUGGGGCUUACCUUUACAACACCCUCACUGAGUUCAUCAGGGAGGAGUACUGGAGGAGGGGCUUUCAGGAGGUGGCCUCCCCGAACAUCUACAACAGCAAGCUGUGGGAGACCUCAGGCCACUGGCAGCACUACAGCGAGAACAUGUUCUCUUUCGCGGUGGAGCAGGACAUCUUCGCCCUGAAGCCCAUGAACUGCCCGGGUCACUGCCUAAUGUUCAGCCACCGUCCGCGGUCCUGGCGAGAGCUGCCGCUGAGGUUGGCCGAUUUUGGGGUGCUCCAUCGGAAUGAGCUGUCCGGGACGCUCACAGGCCUCACGAGGGUGCGCCGCUUCCAGCAGGACGACGCCCACAUCUUCUGCACCAUGGAGCAGAUUGAGUCGGAGAUGAAGGGCUGUUUAGACUUCCUGCGCUGCAUCUAUGCGGUCUUCGGCUUCACGUUCCAACUCCACCUCUCCACACGCCCUGAGAAGUACCUGGGUGACAUCACCAUCUGGGACCAGGCCGAGAAGCAACUGGAGAAUAGUCUAAACGAGUUUGGGGAACCAUGGAAGCUCAACCCUGGAGAUGGUGCAUUUUAUGGACCCAAGAUUGACAUUAAGAUCAAAGACGCCAUCGGCCGGUACCACCAGUGUGCCACCAUCCAGCUGGACUUCCAGCUGCCCAUUCGUUUCGGCUUGACGUUCGUGGGGAAGGAUGGGGAUGACAAGGCGCGGCCAGUCAUCAUCCACCGCGCCAUCCUGGGCUCCGUGGAGAGGAUGAUCGCCAUCCUGACUGAGAACUACGGCGGGAAGUGGCCUCUCUGGCUGUCUCCGCGUCAGGUGAUGCUGGUACCUGUGAAUCCAGCCUGUGAAGAAUAUGCCAAAAAGGUGUGUAAGCAGUUUGUGGAGGCUGGCUUCAUGGCAGAUGCUGACCUUGACUCCAGCUGUCUUCUCAACAAGAAAAUUCGCAACGCACAGUUAGCCCAGUAUAACUUCAUUUUGGUGGUGGGUGAGAAGGAGAAGCUCACGAACGGCGUGAAUGUGCGCACGAGGGACAACAAGGUGCACGGGGAGCUGUCCGUCGCGGAGGUGCUGGCCCGGCUCACCCUGCUGAAACAGUCCCGCUGCCGCAACGCCGAGGAGGAGUUCUGAGGAGGAGCUCGAAUCGCUGCCCCCUCCCCGCUCGCGUCACUCGACCAGCCCUCUCGGUGUGCCUUCAGCCAUGGGAAAUUGCACAGCACAGGGGGUACACCCUCAUCUUGAAGGGAAUGUGGUUUGUUUGAAAAGGUAUAGCUGAUGGAAGUGGAAAGUAUGGUUUGGGUCUGGAACUAAUGGCCAAGGUUGAAUUAACAUGACAAAGAAUUAAAUGAAAAGGUCACAGACUAAAUCCUUGGGUUUCUCACAGCAGUACUCAUAGAGGCUUGAAAAUGGCACUUAUUACUCACUUUGAAAUGGCUAUAGAAAAAUCAGUCUUGCUACCUGCUGAGGUAAUUUGACACCUCAGUGUGGCGAGUACUUUCGUGAGCAUUUAAAUGAAGGAAUUGGCUCAUAGUAGACCUUAUUGUCAUUGUUGCAGAUAUACUUUUCAAAGGUAUUUGUAUGUUGGUAUGGUAUGACGUUUGUCAUGGGUGUGGGAUGGGGAAGGAAAUCUGAUUUGUGAAGCCUUGUACUAUUUGUUCCUGUUACAGGGUGCUUCUGAUGGCUGCAAAAUAAACCACUGUUUCUCA